AUGAGACCAGAGAAGGCGGCUGGAGCCCGGGAGGCUCAGGGGCGCUUCUGUCACUGCCCUGAGGACGAGCCCCAGAGGCCAUCGCCACCGCCCGGGCUCGACAGCUCCGCACUGUGGAGACCUUGGAUCCCCACACCUGGAGAUGCUGAGCUGACCAGGACUGGAAGCCAGCACGUCUUCUCUAUUCUGGAUUUGCUGGUUCAGGUCACAGCGCACUCCAGAACUGGGAUGGGACUUUAUCUACCUGCUUCAAAACGUCAAGAAUACCUGCAGAGUUCGGGGGAGAAAGUGCUGGCCAGUUUCCCUGUGCAAGCCACAAUUCACUUCUACAACGACGAGUCUGAUUCUGACAGUGAAGAGCAUGAGGAAGAAACCCAGCCCUGCCCUCCUCCCUGCCAGGAGGCAAGAGGUCUGGAGGAAAGUGGCCCUGGGGGAAAGAGCACAGACCAGGCCUUAUAUCAACGGUGGCCACCUGGAGAAAGGGGUGGCCUCUGUGGUGAGGGUCAGCUCCCCCACAGUGACCCCUCAGGGAAUCAUAAGUGCUCCUCAAAAGAAUGA